GGAGUUUUAAAAGACCUCCAAAAGCAGUACUAGCGUGGCAAUGGCCGGUUCUAAAGAUUAGCUAGAUGUAAAGGACAAUGGUACCCACGAGAAGGUUGUGGAUCUUCUCUUUGAUCCUGCUGAGUAGUAAUGGACUCCUGCUCCGUGUCCGAGCGUCAUGUGAAGGCAACGCUUGCGAGGAGCAAACUAAGGAAGCCAGAGCCUCGGGUUUGCUUGGUGGAACAGCGAUCCAGCAGUGUUCGAGGACGAAGGAUUACCCUGCAGAUGGAACCAAGUUGAAACCCGUUGAGUUUGAGGCGCCCGUCGUCGACCUGCGUUGGGCAGGUCUCAAUCAUGAUGUUGACAGAUUUGUCUUUGCCAUCACCGAAGCGAUGGAGCCCAUUGUUGGCGGGCACGUUUGGCGGUCAGACAAUUAUGGGAGAGAGGGCAGCUGGAAGGACGUUACUGUGCAGAUGGAAGGGGCCUUGAAGUUAGGAGAGGGGAUGAAUGCUGACCUGGCGGGAAUUUUGGAUAUCUACUUCCACGAGGAUCAUCCGGAGCGGAUUCUGUUUGCGGGGCCUGCCUACUAUCACUGGGUCACCUCUGACUAUGGCCAGACUUUCACCAAGGUGGAGACCCCUGGACGCACGCUGGGAUUCUGGCAUGAGGUGAAGGUGCAUCCAGGGCGCCCAGAGUGGAUCCUGGCAAAGGUCCGGAGAAACAUCUGUGAGCAGUGGGACGCCAGCACCAACCCCCAGUGUGCCUACGACCUGUUUGUCUCCCAGAAUUUCGGACACAGCUGGACGAAUUUGACAGAGAACUCUGGAGGCGCGAUCGCGUCCUUCUGGGACUUUGACUGGGGGGCCUCGCUGCACCACGGCGAGAAGAGGGCGUUCCCUGACGAGACCAUAUUCGCCACGGUGUACGAGAGCGCGGAGGCAAUGAAGGGCCCCUACCCCCAGUGGGACAAGGACAUGCACUUUGUGACCAGCCAGGACUUCUUCAAGUCUGCGCACAGCAAGCUCGUGUCCUGCGGCAACCAGUUCGAGAUCAUUGGGCGCAAGGUGUUUCUGGCGCUGCCCUCGGACUGCCCAACAGAGCCGGACGGCUCGCCGCGGAGUGUGAGUAGCGCCGCAGGGCCCAGCUCAGUCAUCCUGUACGCGUCUGAUGACGAGGGAAGGAACUUUGAGCAGGUAUGCCUGCCGGUGAAGUGGCUGGACCUGGCGUACAAUCUGGUGAAGAACCACGACGGCUCCUCUGCCUUCCUGGUGGUCGACCACGACGAGGAGGAUAUGAUCGCCUCAAAGGCCCCCAUCGGCAACAUCUACUCGCCAGGCUACAACAACACGCUGUACAGCCUGAGCAUGUCGGCGAACUUCCGGCGGCGCUACAUAACCGACUUUGGGCGCGUGGAGGGGGUCCCGGGGGUGUACAUGGCCAACCAGCUCAGCCUGGAUCUGCUGCACGACGCCGGCAAUUUUCACCCCGUCAACUACGAGAAAUUCCUCAAGUCCAAGAUCUCGUUUAAUGGGGGCGGGAGGUGGGAGGAGCUCCAGAAGCCGGAGCACUACCGGCACGCCGUGUGCAACCGCUGCGCGGCCGGCCACGACCCCUCCAAGUGCCAGCUGCAUUUGCACGGCCCCUCCUCCUGGCACGAAGGCCCCGAGGGGCGGCCGAGCUUCUACUCGCACGAGAACGCGCCGGGGAUCGUGAUGGCGGUCGGCAACACCGGCGAAUUCCUGGACUUUGCCGCCGACGCAAUGUGCACCUGGCUCUCGCGGGACGGCGGCGCUACCUGGGAGGAUGUAGCGCCACAUGCGGGCAUCUACGAGUACGGAGACCAUGGGGGAUUGCUGCUGAUGGCAUCACAUGAGACGGAGGGCCCCGCAGAUUCGCUGCAGUUCAGCCUGGACCAGGGCGCCUGCUGGCACACCAUCCACCUGUCAGAGGCCAUCGACAUCCAAAACAUUCGGGUUGAGCCCAAGGCGGCGAGUCAUGUGUUUGUGGUGCACGGUGAAGCCUGCCUUAAAACGCCCCAGCACCCGACGUGCAGCCACACCAAAGAGGGCACCAAGCCCGUCGGCAAGAUCUAUGUCAUCGACCUUAAACCCAUCAUGGGCGCUGACUGGCGGGACUGCGCGGCGGAGGAUUAUGAGACGUGGUCGCCCCCGAAGCCGGACAUGUGCCUGCUGGGCCGCAAUGUGACAAUGGAACGCCGGCGGCGCAGCAGCGACUGCUUUAACGGCAAGGAGUACGAGCGAGCCGCCACCACCUUCGCCCCCUGCCCCUGCGACUCCGCUGAUGUGGAGUGCGAUUUCGGCUUUGAGUACGUGAACCACGAGUGCCGGCCGAUUCAGAGCGUGGACACGUCGCAGUGCGGAGCGAUCACCUCAGGGCAGUACCAUGUGAGCCGCAGCAAGCACCGUUUAGUCAGCGAUGACGUGUGUGCUGACGUGUCGCGAGUCAUCUCCGACACCGACGGCAAGGGCAACCUGCCCGGCGGGCCCGGGGCAGGCCACAAGCACCGCGGCCGGGCAGCCCGGGCAUUCGUAGUCAUCCUGGUGUUGGGGAUAGUUGGGACGGCGGGUGCGCUGUGGUGGUUUGUGUGGGCGAGCGAUGACCAGAAGGCGGCGGUGGAAGAGACUUUGGCGCCCGUGGUAGGAACGCUGCUGAGCACGUGGCACUGGCUGCUCGACGCACUCAUGCGCCUGAAGGAGAGAAUAACAGGGGGGGGGUCUGGCUACAGGGGAAUGGACGAUGCGGAGGACGCAUACUUCCAGCCGCUCGCGAGCGGCGACUUUGGACUCGAUGAAGAGGAGGCCCGCUCACCAGCAUCUCUCAAUGGCACCCACUGACGCGCCAAGCUAGGCCUUAUCAGUAAGCACGUGGUAAUGGCGCCUGCUGAGAGAAAAGGUGGCAAGUCUGCUUGCCGGCAUCCCUCAACGGCUUCCACUGACGCGGCCAGAACAUGUAGCAUUAGUAAUGUUGAUGAGGAUGUUACUAAUUGCGUUGGCAUCCUGCUGGCACUGCUGCGGGCUUGGGGCAUUGACGGCCGCUGACGUCAGCACAGGCUCUCUUAGGAAGUUCUUCGUAUGGCGCCUACUGAGGCUUAAGGCAGUCUUGUGAGCGUACCAGUGUUGGGAGGGAGAUACAGAGGCAUGUGUUUGUUGCCUGCCCUUGGCUGUCUAGGGGUUGUUCAUUGCAAGGUGAUGCAGCCCUGUAGAAGCGGGUGCUUGGUUGCAGCAAUCCCUCUCAGACUGCACUGGCUGUAACUCUAACGAACUGGUUUGGCCCACGGACUACGCCAACUGGACUUUAGGAUGUGGAAGUCAGGCUAAAAUCUGAUUGAUGGUGGCUGGGAAGCCGGGAGGGGCACAAAAAGGCAGAGGGUGUUUCAACGGUAUCUGGUAGCCUGCUCAUUGAGUUGCAAGUCUGGCCCUUGUGCCCUGAUUCAAGUUUAAAAAUUGGGGAGGACAUGCAGGAGGAUGUGUGGUUGCCUCACUGCUAGAUGCGCUGGGCAUGGGAAAGUGCUCUACAAGAGCCUGCAGCAACAGUUUUGAUUUCAAUGCCUGGAUAUCCAAAACUGCGGGUUUUGUCAGAGAACGUUGUCCUAUGCACUUUACAUUAUAUAAUCUACGUAUCUGCAAUUCGUGACCUUCAAUC